GCUUUUAAUCAUAAAAUACAUCUUGCAUUCGCUAUUCAUUAAUACUAAUACCAAAAGGGGUAUUGGUGGUUAGGUGUGUAUAUCCUUUCCAGACUUCAAUCGUCGUUUUUGUAACAAUUUAAUAUUUUUUACAAGAAUCUAAGCUUUUAUUAGCCCUACUAUUUUCCUCGGUGCUUCUUCUUUAUAUCCUUCCAGACGUCUUCUCCUCAAACCUUAGAAUACCUUAUUCACGUAAAGCGUGGAAUACACAAAAUUUAGAAAAAUUAAUAUACAUAUAUCUAAAACCAAAUAUUUAUGGACCAUUUAUAUUUUAAUAAUAUCUAUUACAAUAAAAUAAUCAUGUCGGGUCAUACGAACGAGAACAGCAGGGUUAAUUUAAACAAGUAGUAGAAGGCGAAUCUACGUAUCAGAUAACGAUACUUUGUGAAAGGUUUUCACGUAUGUACAUACGUAUAUUUCAUAAAAUAUGCUAGUUUGAAGCUUAAAGCGGUCGUAUAACGAUUGCGCGCAGGCGAGCGUGUCCGCGUUAAAGCCCCAACCGGCAACGAAAUUCCACGCCAUUUAUCUGAUCUGAAAUCAUAGGCAAUCAGGAGUAAAAUAGCGGAGGGCCCGCUUAACCUUCCGUUUCUCUUGUCAUCGUGACUCUGUCGGUGCGCGAGAACGCGACGCGACGUGGCCGGCAAAGUGGUGAAAGCCACGACGGUGAUAACCUACUCCAGUGCGGCUGCCCAGUUGCAGGUUGCAGCUGCCUGCUCGCAAAACGCGGAAUCCCAGUUACGCGUUCUCGUACGGAGGAAGAACGCUGCCUGAGACUGUGUAGAAUGCUCUUGUGCAGAUAGCAGCGUGUGCGCGUGGUGGUUUACUUCCGCUCGAGGCACGCGGUUCAUCCGACCACAAACAUACAUACAUUACGUACACGAACAUACAACGUGGUCAGUAAGAGAGGAAGAAGGAUAAAGGAAGAAGAAGAAGAAGAAGAAGAAGAGUACGAGACGAAGAAAGAGAUAGAAGGAUUGGAAGAACAGAAGGAAGAGGUGGAAUGACGAACGAAAAGGACGAAUAAUAUAGAGCAAGAGAUAAAGAAGAAAUUAACGAUUGAACGCGAGGGAGAGUAUGUAGAAAAUUAGAUAGAGAAGCUGGAAUGAAACGAACGAGGAGAUAAAGGAAUGGAAUGGUAAAGGACGAUUAUGACCAAGAGAAAGUAGCAGAUGAAAGAGAAAAGAGGAGAGAAAGAGAAGAACGAUGCAGACACAACUCCGCGCAACUACCCCACCUUUGGUUGCUUCACUGACUGUUUCCUUCUCUUUUUCUGUGUUACGUCUCCCUCGUUCGUCUUUCUUCGUUUUCGUUUUCCUCUCUAUCUCGCGCGUAGUCCGUUCUUCUUCUUUCUUCGACUCAGAAAAAGCCCGCUCUCGGCAUCUCUGUCCCUCUCCUGUUCUGUUCGGCCAAUUCCUCGUAUUAUACCAGGUUGCGGCGUGGAAUGCGGGCGUCCUUCGUUCGCUUCGAGCAGCGUCCAACCGAUGAGCCCCGCUAGCGUUAUCCUUCGCCGGUCCUUCGCAUGCGCUCCUUAGGGCUUGGUAAAAUUAACCUGGAAUACUCGGCCGAGACGCCCGCCUCGCUCUCUUCUCUCUCUUUCUUCCUCCGUGCCUCAGAUUCGUUAAACUCACUCACGCGGCUCUCACCAAUACGACCGACAUGCCAUUCCGCACGUGUGUACUUCCCCGUAUAUGCAAGCUGCGUAUGCGCGCAUACAGGCGCAUGCGCAGCAGCCGCGUAACAGAAUCACGGCGCGGCGCGGCGCGGUGUACGGAAACGGCGAUCGGCGUACUUACUUGGCGCUGGGUUUCUCGGGGUUAUUGACGAUGAAAUUAAGGCGAUUUGUCGAAGUAGAGCGGUUUUAUUGGGAGUUCGUGCUCCUUUCGGAUUGCGGAUAGUAGAGAAACGGGCGCGAGUGCACCGCGCAUGUGCAUUGUGCAUACACAUGGUGGAGUUCGUCUUGAUGCACACCGGCGCGGUGUGUCGAUACACCACGGCAAUUUAUUUUUCUACACACACGUGUGGUGUCUGCAGAGGCUGCUUUAUAUACCCAGGGUGCACCUGUGUGAAGCCGGAGGCGGAGGAUUCGGAGAACGGGAGAAUCUAGGUAAUGAGUAAGGCUAUGGUUUCAGUGGAUGCGUGCUUCGACGAAUGAAACACGUGAAGAAAGAAAUGCAUGCAACUGAGGACGCUGGGCGUAGCGGCGACGAAAUGAAGCAUGCAGCAUGCGUGGUAGCGGUGUCACGGCUGCGCGGUCCUGCCUUCAACCCCUGGUGUCCGCCAGCCGCUACCUCGCCGUUCAAGUCCUUCCUGGUGAUCCUCUUUACUUCGUCGUUGAGGCGAAGUCGAGAGUAAAGGAGGUGUAUGCGCAGACAUGCAUGCUUCUCGGCCAGCAGGGCAUGCGAGACUGCGAACUGUUCGGCCUGGCAAUACUAUCCGACGGCGAGUACCUUUUCGUCGAUCCCGAGAAUAAAUUAAGCAAAUACGCACCGAAAAACUGGCGUAGCUCUCAUACAUACGGCUUAGACAGCAGCGGGAGACCAGCUUUCGUCCUCUACUUUCGCGUUCGCUACUACGUCGACACACCAUUGCUCCUAAGCGAUGAAACGACGCGCCACCACUAUUACCUGCAACUGCGCGACAAUGUUGUCAGGCAUGGCGGUGGGGUGGAGAACCUCCAUCCUCACCAUCCCUUACACGAACCAUCUAUCGUUACGCCCUUGCUCACACUCGCGGGUCUUGCCCUACAAGCCGAUCUUGGCGAUUACUCCGAAGAACGACACAGGCCACACGCAGGAUCUGUGGGAUACUGCAAGCCCACGGACUACCUUCCGCCACACAUGUGCCUCGAGUCGAAUGUGCUCGCUGUGCUUGCGGCACAGCACAGGGACAACCGAGGUUUAUCGAGGGAGGAGGCAGAACUGCAAUACAUCCGGGAGGCGGUGCUGCUGGAGGCGCCGCUCAACGCUCACCUCUAUCGGUUACGAAGAAGCAAGAACGAGGCAGGUCCGGGACGCAUACUCCUUGCGAUUUGCGCUCGCGGGGUGCGAGUCUACGCUGAGGAGGAAACACCGCGUGUCUUCGCCUGGAACAACAUCGGCAAACUUUGCUUCGACCGCAAGAAGUUUGAGAUACGCGCAGUCGAUCAGCCGGACAAGCUCACCCUUUACAGUGGAUGCGAUGAUAAAAGCAAAUUGCUUCUGGGACUCUGUCGAGAUACCCAUCAGUUCUCCAUGGCCAUAGCACCUAGAGUAAACGAAGCGAAGAGGCGAGAAGAGGAAGAGAGGAAAGUACUUCGCGACUGUUACAUGUAUCCUGCCCGGUGCAAGCUGAGUUUAACAGCACGUGGGGCGCGCGGUGACCAACGAAUUUCUGUUAUCUCGAGCACGUCGUCCAACACGACUUCUGGAAUUGUCAGCGACCGGGUACACAGCGAGGAUGAACCAGACACGGCGCCCGCCUCGACCGAAUGUUUGCCACGUCUUACUGAAAAUACUUCAUACUCUGGUAUUCAGUGCGGUGUUGUCAACGGCUCGAAUGCAAACGUCGAGGAUCGUUCCAUGCCGUCCUCUCCAGUCUCCACUGUGGAUGAAGUUGAUGGUACAGACAGCACUCCUACAACGGCUGCAUUGCGAUUGACAUCGAACGCGGCCACGGCGGCUGAAGGGUCACAAUGUAGCAGCAGCUGCAGCACGGUCGUGGUUGUGAAUGCACCUGCUGGUGGACCGCCGCGAAUGCGGCGUACAUCCGCGACUUCCAGUCUGGAACUCGGUUAUUCGCAUACGGCACAGAAUUCAGCGGUUUCGUCAGAAACUGCUAGCUUUCCUGGCGCCAUUUACGACAGGUGCAAAAAAGGUGGCAAAUACGCGGGUACUGACAUUGCUAGCGAAACUAGUGGGGUAUAUACCCUCAGGAGUAGUGAGAUGCAGGAUGAAAGAAUGGGAGAUUUGUAUUCACCUACCGGUGACGCGAACGGAUCUUCUACAGCCAGCGACGUGUGUGCCUUAAGUUCUGUUCAGUCUACGACUGACGAGGCUUCUGUAACAUCUGGUUUUUAUACCAUACACAGUGGUCUUAGAUCCGAGACAAGCGACGUGUAUACAGAAGAUGUUGGUACCGAAGAUCAGGAACCUAUUUACAGCGUCUGCAAAGGUGAUGAGGACGUUAGUAACGUUGUUUCUACCAUGACGGGAGCUCUGGAUCAGCAGCUCGAAGAUUCUAGAUCACGCAGUAAUAGCAUACUGAGCGCAGGAAGCUUCAGAGGCGAUGGUAGUGACCCUUCCAGCGUUGGACCUCUUUUGUCAGCCGAUGAACUUUCGGAUUUAAUAGUUGGACGUUAUCCUCCUCGAAAGACCAUUAGCAAUUCCAUGGACUCUGAUUGCGACUACGUUACUAUGCCCCCACCACCUCCGCCACCAAGAACCGAUAGCGACAGGCAACUUCCUCCACCUCCUCCUUACCCAGUAAGCAUGGACUACGCAACCAUAAACUCACCGCGACCCAACAUAUCCGACAUCGAAAGGGAACCUCCGCCUCCACCACCAUAUAAUGCUACUCGCGGCGAGUUCGUACCUUUGCCACCACGAAGAACCGAUCCACCACCACCGCCACCUUACACUUCACCCAGGGAAAGAAUUCAGAUACCACCGCCUACGCCUCCGAGAAACGACGCGGUAACACCCAGAGAACCACCCCCUCCACCGCCUUAUCCCGAAGUUUCGGAGGUCACUCGACAGGAAGCAAUUUCCAAAUUGUAUCCAACGACGAGCGAAGAAAUCGUAUCGAGGGUGACGUCCACGAAAAUACAAACGGGUCUAGCAAACAGCAAGAUGAACGCCACUUUGACGGCUUCAAAGACCAUCAACGCCAAUCAAGUCAAUGUCAAUGACGUUGCUUCGGUUGCCCCGAAACCACCACCUAGAAUUCAACCACCCACUUAUCCCGGUGACAAAAUGAAACCUACGCCAGUUCACGCCCCCGUAGCGGCUCUUGUCGUUGGACCGAACAAUUACUUGGACGUACACGCUUCACGAGGUGGUCCGGUUUUGUUGCCUUACUUAACACCACCGCCGCCCCCGCCACCCCCUCCUCCGCCAAUGGUUCAUCCCAGACAACCUCCACCGCCACCACCCAGCUUAGCUACCGUUUACACGAGUCAAGUUGCGAGGUCGCAGAUCGAACAAUAUAAGCAGCAACUGUAUUCGGAUGUCGAUUACGUGAUGUUUCCUCUAAAAGAUCCCGCGGUGUCGAAGCAAGAGUACAUCGAUGCGAAACAGGGUUCGCUUCUGGCGGCUAUGGCUGCUUAUCCUCCUCCUCCUUAUCCUUCUUUUAACAAUAAAUCGUUAGUAAUGUAUCGUAGCACACCAUACCUUCCUGGUUCCUCGUUCUCGUCACCCACGAAAUACGCUUCGAAUCAAAACCUUAGUAGCAGCGACACAAGUUCUAACAAUUAUUUACCGCAUAGUAAUCUGAGUAGUCAUUAUGCUGCUAGUACAAGCUCGCUAUAUAGUGGAGCUACUUGUUCGUCGGCAGGCAGUCAGAGUCUUAGACGUGAACCACCAGCCCCAGCUCAUCCCCACACGCUCCACGCGUUCUCCAGAACGAGAAGCGACGAGAACAUUUUGAAGUGUUUCGAUUCACCUUCCAGUACCAAGCUGCAGUCUCUGCCGCAGUUGAAGCAUCGUCGACUUCCGCCACCUCCGCCACCACCACCUUAUGAAAUACAGAACCUCGAGAAGAAUCAACCACUUCCAUCCGCCUCUUCGUCAUCUUCUUCCCCGAAGAAGACGUCGAAAGCAACCACGAUGGAAGAGCGCGAAGAAGGAAAAGAAGACGGAAUGUUGGACAUUCGGACGCUUCGCGAGAAGAGUCGUAACUUGGACUUGCCGCUGAUAUCGGCGUUGUGUAACGAUCGGUAUUUAUUGAAGCAGACGAAAGCAUUCGUGAUGCCAAAGCAUCCUGCUGAGACGACUUCUUCAACGUCUACGAAGAACGUAGCGAGAAGUAGCAAUGGCGGAACAUCAAGCAGAAAUAAAUAUCCGGUCAGCGGUCUUUCUACGACGCAGAUCACCAAACCCCCGAGGAAAUCAUCGACGAGUACUCACAAACACCCCGCCGAGGUGAAGGGCAACGCUUACAAAGUGACGAAUUCGACAGGCAUGUCAGCUGUCAAAAAGGAUUCUACGAGGGCGUCGCAUUCGUAACAGGAAACGAAGAAGAAAACAAAGGGGUUUGCCGCUCUUGCGACAUUAUGGAAAUUACAUUAUUAUACCUCGAUGAAAGUGCAUUCCACGGAACUGUUCAAACGAUUCCACAACUAUAAUGCUUUGUCCUUGAAAUACACGGGCAGCAAGGCGAAGAAAAAGGUUGUUCUAACGCCUUAGGUACUUAUAUAGCGUUUCUACACAAACCGUGCUUCUUCAACUCAGGGUGCCAUUUUAUCAUUUACGAUUCUUCUGUUCGACGCGAAUACUCAAAGAAGGAAAGAAAGAAAUCCGAUGAUAGAUUAGACCUUCGGGAAAGUGUAAACACGGGAACGUCGAAGGUGUCCAUUAUGUAAUAUCUCUCUUCUUAUCUAAUUUCAUUCUUAUGAUCUCUCUUGAUAUUCCUGGAAAAUUGUACUUCUUUGCAAACGAAGCUUUUCUUUCGUACGUAGAAUAGUUGAAAUACACACCAGUAAUAAAAAUGUCCAUUAAGUUUCUUCGUUUUUGCUCAAUUAAGCGGUUAGCGCGAAAUGAAAGAAAAAAAAUUGAAUGCGAAUGUUUUGUAAAUCUCAAUAACGGCGAAAGAACGAGAAAAACGUUCUUGCGUAUACUUUAUCUGAUACUAGAGCAACGAUUUUCGUAGGUACUAAUUACACAGAUAUUUUUAUACUGUGAACGAAAGUAGGUAUGAGUACUGUAACUAGUUCACUUCCUUUUUGAUGUUUACGAAAGUAAUAUUUAUUACAAUCCAGAUGAUUCUGAUAAUUUUUUUUCUACUUUUUUUUUCGUGUUAAUAAUUCAAUCAGUGCUCGCUUUGUGGCACUUUCUCUAUCGAUGCGUUUUUGCGUGUACGUAACUGUAAGUGUAGUCGUAUAUUUAGGAGAGUUUAAGCAUUAAGUAAGUAUAUUCGGUGAGAAAAAAAGUUUGUUCCUUCCUCAGCGACUGAACAUUGUUAUAGAAAGAUUAAACGAAUUCUCCGAUUAUCGCAACCGAAUAUCGCGAGAAUACGUUGUUAAAUAGAAAAUGUUUAUACUGCACUACAGAACGCGUACUACAAGAUAACACAUGCGACAAUUAACGUUGUACAAGAUUUGCGUGAAAGUGAAUCUUUUGAACAUUAAUAUCUUAGAUCAUAGCGUAAUGGGUAAUAAUUUAGUUGUAUAAGUUGACUUAUGUUAAUUAAUAUUAAAUAAUAAUAUUACAACAUGACCCAUGUUUGUACAUAGUAUUUGAGUGAAAUCAUAGGACUUGUUGUAGUCGGAAACCUCAUGUAUGUACCACGCGCCACCUCAGCUACGAAUAAUAAACUUUUUUUAUAAUGAA